AACUAUCAUAAAUCGCCAAUCUUACAAAGUAUUCUUUAUGAUGUCUUGGGAGAUGGAAUUUUCAAUAUUAAUGGAAACGCAUGGAAAAUGCAAAGAAAAUUAUCGAGUCAUUUAUUUAACGGCAGAAAUUUUCGUGAGAUUAUUAGCGUCGUGUUUAAAGAAGAAACCGAGAUCGUAUUAAAUACCUUGGAUAAAUUAGCAAGGACUGGUGACAAGUUUGAUUUACAAGAUUUAUUUUUUAGGUUUACAAUGGAUUCUUUCGGAAAAAUUACAUUCGGAUUGGACUUUAAAUGUUUGGAAAAUCCAAAAGAACCAGUAAAAUUUGCAAUGGCAUUUGAUUUUGCGCAAAGAGUAAUGAACGAUCGAAUCUCAAAUCCUUUUUGGAAAUUCACAGAAUUUUUUACGGAAGAUGGUCGUAAAGUGCGUGAAGCGUGUGAUUAUUUAACAACUUUUGCUUAUGAAAUAAUUAAGAACCAUAGGAAUAAUCCGGAAGCAUUAAAUGACCGCAGAGAUAUCCUUAAUAUAUUUAUGAACGCACAACAUGAUAACGGAGAAAAAUUGUCCGAUAAGGAAUUAAGAGAUAUUGUAUUAAAUUUUAUCAUUGCUGGACGUGACACAACCGCACAAGCGCUCUCGUGGAUGAUGUAUAAUAUUAUGGUCGAUCCUUCCGUUGAAGAAAAAUUAGUUAAAGAAGUUAAUUCUUUGCUCACUCCAGAAAAUCCAAUUUCAAGUUAUGACAAUACAAAACGUUUUCAAUAUACGCAGGCAGUAUUUUACGAAACGCUUCGAUUACAUCCAGCAGUACCGAAAAAUAUGAAGAUAUGUAUUAAAGAUAAUGUGCUUCCCAAUGGCAUACCAAUUUAUGCCGGUGAGAUUGUUAGUUGGUCAACCUGGUCGAUGGGAAGAGAUGAAAGGGUAUGGGGGAGUGAUGCAAAGCAAUUUAACCCCGAAAGAUUUUUAAAUUCUGAAGAUGGAUUGAAGCCAAGUCAAUUUAAAUUUAAUAGUUUUAAUUCUGGACCAAGAUUAUGUCUUGGUCAAAAUUUUGCCACAGUUGAAGCCAUAAUGUUAGCGACAGCUGUAUUAAGACAAUUUAAAUUUGAAAUGGUACCGGGACAAAAAUGUCCUCCUGAUUAUGGUCGUUCUAUUACUUUACCAAUGAAAAACCCUUUACUAGUUAAAGUUAAGGUUGCAUACCAAAUUCUUAAUCAAGCCGCAGAAAUUGCGGAAGCCGUGAAAGCUGCCGAAAACAAUUACAAUGUUGGAUGGUUUGGAUGGUUUAAU